ACCUCACUGAUCCUCUGCCCCAGUGUGUGCAAGGAUCCCCGCAUCUCUUAACUUGCCGACUCACUCGCUUGGUUUAAAUCUUUUUUUUUAACUGAUUCAGAAAUACAACAUCACUUUCGCCCUCUUGACAUAUAGUGGAAAGUCUGUGCUUGUUCAAAAGAAAUGAUUUCCCUCAUGGUAUCCACAAGUGAGGCGGAUGGGAAGGCCGCCAUGAAUUUCCUCCCUAGUGUUGGAAGCCUGGUGCUGCUGCUGUUCCUGUUUGUUCAAGGUCUGUGUGAUGACUGUGUACGAGAGUGUCAUUAUGGUGAUUACCGCAUCUGCACGUACCAGUUCCACGUACAGGAGUACCACACAUUGAGUCGUGCCUGCUACCAGUGUCCAGACAAUGCGGCAGACUGUUACCGUCAGGACUGUAUACCUGCUGACGGUGUGGCAAGGCCUUUACUGGCCGUCAACCGUCAGCUUCCCGGCCCGGCUAUACAGGUGUGUGAGGGAGACCGGGUGGUAGUGGAUGUGUUCAAUGAUCAGCUGUCAGACACAGAGACCAUCCACUGGCAUGGUCAUCACAUGCGACGCUUCCAGUACUACGACGGUGUUCCAUUCAUCACACAGUGCCCCAUCCAGAAGUUCUUCCGCUAUGACUUCCUCGCUACCACACCUGGCACCCACUGGUGGCACUCUCAUACCGGAGUUCACCGCGCUGAGGGAGUGUUUGGUGCCUUUGUGGUACGCCAGACACAGGACCUUUAUCUUGAUACCUACGAUGUUGACAGUCCUGAUCAUGUCCUCGUCCUCCAGGAUUGGCUCCACAAGUCAGCUCUGGAAAAAUUCUCUGGGCGUCACCACCACACUCAAGACGACUUUGCUAGCGCCAUCCUCAUCAACGGCAAGGGCAGGAACUACACUAACAUGGUAGACGGAUUUGUGGAGACGAAGACGCCGCUGGAGGUGGUGAUGGUGACGCCAAAACUGCGUCACCGUCUGCGUCUCAUCAACGCUGGGAGCCUCAACUGUCCCUUGGUCGUCUCCGUCGACAAUCACACACUCACCAUCAUCGCUACUGAUGGAGAGAAGAUCGUCCCCUUCACUACUAACUCUCUUGUUAUUUAUUCAGGUGAGAGAUUCGACGUGGUGCUGAAGGCCGACCAGCCAGUCGGCAACUACUGGAUCAGGGUGAACGGCCUCAUCGACUGCGAGCAGAACAAAUGUGUACAGGGGGCGGUGCUGAGGUACGACGGUGCCCCUGACAACCUUCCUUCAGCGCAACUUUCAUUCGACUCAAACUACCCACCAGGAGUCGUAGUAAAUCCUCUCAACUCUGGAGGAGCCUCUGAGGAGGAGGUGACCUUGGUUGAACUUGAUGCUUUCAAACCCAGCAUCUUAAAGGAGAAGGUUGAUAAGCAAUUCUUCCUCGCUUUCAAUUUCAACCGGAUCAACAACUCCUUGUUGUACCACUCUGGCCUCUACCCCUACAAUGGAGUAACGAAGGAGUGGCACAUCAACUCACCUCAGGUGAACAAUCUAUCCUUCAAGGCUCCGUUGUCGCCUCCUCUCUCACAGCCGAUGGUCCAGCAGCCUUUCUGUUACUAUGGCGAGGAGCCACCAUGUGAUGGGGACUACUGCAGCUGCACCUACGUCUUGGAGGUGGCACUGGGGGAGACGGUGGAGAUGGUGUUGGUGGACGAGGGCACCAUUGGUGACGAGAAUCAUCCUUUCCAUCUUCACGGCUAUAACUUCCACGUUGUUGCCAUGGAGCGCCUCGGCAGUGAGACAACUGUUGAGGAGGUCAAGGCUCUGGACGCCGCCGGAGGCAUUAAGCGUAAGCUGAAGAACCCUGUUAAGAAGGACUCAGUAACCAUCCCUGACGGAGGCUACACCAUCGUCAGGUUCACUGCUGACAACCCUGGUUGGUGGUUAAUGCACUGCCAUUUGAGUUUUCACUCUGAGCUCGGCAUGGCAGCCGUUCUGCAUGUUGGUCAGCCUAGCGACCUGCCCCCGGUGCCUAAAGGUUUUCCAACCUGUGGUGCCUUUACGUAAGGUCACCUGCCCGGAGAUGAACUUUCAAGACCUUCCAUCCCUUCAUGGCAACCUUCGCGUAACUUCGUUUCUUCUCGCCACAUCUGGCGAGAAGUUAUUCAGAACGAUCUGCCAGCAGCGCACUCUGUAAUUUGUAAUAAAUGCUUCACUGAUUUAUAACAUGUAGCCUCUGAAAGCCAGGCCUGCAAGACAUGCAGUAGUGCUCCUCCUGUCUCAGUUCAUUCAACAUGGAUCACCUUCUUGUACAGACAACAGAGAAUCAAUCAACUGCUUAUGUUGACACGUUGUCUUCACAUUGUCUUCGCUCACCCUUAAUUAUAAUCUCUCCUCGCAGAUCCCUCUGUUCUUAGCCAUUCUUCUCAAGUACUGUUUUGCCAAACUUACGCAAAAGUUUAUGUGGAAUCUAUUUUUAGAGGCUGUUUAUAUAUUAAAGCUUUUAUAACUCA